UUACUUUCAAACAUGUAUACAUUUGUUAAUACUUCACACGUACAUUUUCUAUUCAUUCAUGUUUUAUUUACUUUGUCUAAGUCAAUAAAAUAAUUUACACUUCGGCAAAAAUCGAAUUUAAAUAUUAUCGGAAAUACGAUUAUUAUGGAAUUUCUUUUACCGAUUUCUAAAAUUAAUAUUCAUUGACGCAGUCAGUGUAGCGAAUCACUGAGCAAGCGCAGUCGCAUUACUAUAUGUAUAAAGUCUGUUCCGGAGUAAAUAGCAUUCUCCGGUAAACGAGACCCAGUUUUCCAAGCUUAACCUGGCGUGGGGUAUCUGAUAAAAGUAAAAUAUCUCUGUGCCUCGCGUAACUCAGUGCAGUCUACAUGGCAAGCUAAUAGGAGCACGACGCGUUGCACAGUGCGUGAAAGAAAAUCGCACAAUUAAAAGUCUUUAAAUAAAUUUAGCACUUUUGUGAUAUGUUCAAUUGAAAUAUUUAAUUAGCUGUGAUCAAAUCGCGAGGAAUAUCGCUGGUAACACAUCGGAUUGAAUUAGUAAUAGUGGAUAGAUGGAUUAUUGUGAAAGUUACAUGAGUGUGGAUCUAGCAUCAUAUGAUCACGUGUUUUUUCACGAGACAAAAUAAUAUAUUUACGUGUGAAUCAGCAAUAAAAAAAAAAACUGUAAAAUCGAGGACAUGAAUGGGUCGAAGUUCUUUGUUUGCAAUAUUAUCGUCUGGCUAGUAACGUCGUCAAAACUAUUAUCAAUUCGAGCUGAGGAGAGGUCGAACAAUUCCCAAAUCAGCUUUAGUAAAAGCCAAAGUUUAAAAAUCUUUCCGGGAAUCAAGUUUUUCUUGGACGAGAUCAAUAUUCAUGUGAGAGUUCAAGAUUUACUGCAAGAGACGGAAGUACAGGCAAGAAAGAAAAAGGAGAAGCAGAAUCCUUUACAGAGACUAGGAUUUAUGAUGAUGAUGACGCCAUUUAUUAUGCAGAUACUCUCUUUACCGGGCGCCAUAGCGACAAUCAAAAUAUCACUGUUAAGGAGUAUCAUGGUGGCGCAACUAGCUAUCGCAAUAAUGAUCUACAAUUUGAUAAAGAGCUCCCAGAACUCGGAUGUAGUGGUGGUCCAUCAACCGCAUUAUCACAAACACUAUAGCCACGGCUAUCCCGACAACGUCGAGGACGAAUGGUUCGGUAGAUGAAAUACGCGAACGAGUGUGACAAUUAGAACAAUAUAUUCUCGUGAUGCAGAUCUAGCCAGCUGCGGCUACGGUUUUCCGACAAGCGACACAUUCGAAAGUAUUAUACGAAGAACACCUGUGAUAUAGAGAUCGCAACGUGCGUAAUGCAAAAUUAAUUUAUUAAGUUUUAAAAUUAUUUACGUGUUUUUACAUAAAUUAAAUCACUUUUCAAAUGUUACAUAUAUAUAUAUUUUUUUUUUUUGUUUUAUUUAUGAGAAAUGCUAUUCUUAGUAUCCGAGAAAAUAUAUUAUUGGUCUCUCGGCUGCGUACUGUUCGCGUUUUGCUUCCUAUUAAGCGGAGUGCCGAUAUCAAGAUGUCGGCUGACCCACUUCGGGCCUUCACAUAACGGCAGUUUGGUCCAGAUUCUCACAUUCGCGUGCAGACAUAUUCAUUCAGGUUUUCUCUCUCGUUAAAUUCGACAUCGAAAUCGAAAUUAGAUUUACAACGUGUUUCUCAUUGAUCACGAAGAAAAAAUCCCGUAACGGAACCGCGCAUGGAGUUCCCGUGCGCGAACAAGAAGGACAUACAGACUAAUUGUAGAGCAAAUAUUCGGAGGUUUCGUCAAUGACGAAGUAAAUCUUCGAGACGUCGAUAUUCGUGAUGCGUAUACGUGCUAGAAACCCACCUUCCGCGAGUACUAUUGGUAUGCCGCGAGCAUCGCCGCGCGCUGUUCCUAAAUCGAUAGUUCGCAACACAAUUCAGAUCGGCAUGCCGUUUUCUGCACUACAAAAUGCAUGAUGCACCGCGCGUACCCGACAAAUAAGAAUUAAACGUUCGCUCAUCGCGGCCUGCUUGAAUCUCGUAAACAUGCGAUUACGUGGAGGAAUUUAGAUCUCUUUCGCCGAUUCGCGAAGCAAUUCGAUAUUCCGCAUAACAAAGUUUCUAAUUCCAACCUGUUCCAGAUUGGACCGGAAAAGUCGAACGUUUGACGAAUACGUUAAGCUGAAGAAAUAUUUUAUUAUUGGACACGAAGUUCCAGUCUUACGACUGGAAAAGUAUUAAUAUCUGUCUAAUGUGCAUUUUUAGAUUGUUACGAAAACUACGAAAAACAAAGAGAAUUUUCUCUCGCUACUUCGACAUUAAUGGCGAGAGUUGACACUCCCUACACGUCUCUGAUUGUGUCGCGCAGUUCUAACUACUCGACGUCAGGGCUGCGUUUCCAAGAUUGUAGCUCACCAUGACCAGACGGUUAUAACGGUGCCACUUUCGAUGAUCGUGCGAUUUCUAAUCUUGUCAAGUCCAGUGCGUCGCGUAUUUAAAUGAGAUUUUCGAGACGCAGUUUCCGAAUUGAGAGGAAUCGUCUGCGAAAGGCCUUGGCAUUCCUAUUUUUACCGUUCUGUUCCAUUUACAUAGAAGCACCCAAAAAUGAGCAAGACAUUUUCCCAUUAAGAUAAUCUUUGUACGUCCUAUCGCGAGGUCUUUCACGAUAUUCCCAACAAUUUAUUUUAAUCAAGUGAAGCUAAUCAACGGUAAUCAGCUGUAACAAGAUUUUCCUAGAAUAUGUCGUACGCUUAUUCACACAAUGGUGUUAAAAAUUGCAGGAUUCUGCUGACAUUAUUCACAGUGUUCGAUUAGCUGACCUAUGCGCAUUAAUUUAUUAUAAUCCUGCGUCGUCCAGCACACCUAAGAGCGUUCGUUUCUUAACAAGAAACCACCAUCGAUCCGACAGCGUUAAGAGUAAGAAAAUAAAACGAAAGGUCAUCUAAUAUAUACAGGCUUAUCAUGAUCAAUGUAAAUGUCGCCUCUUCUCGAGCUUGUCCGUUAGAAAAAAAAGCACUAUCCUGUCUCUUAAAAUCAUCUGUCAACAAUAAUUCAAAUUAAUCCUGCGCAGCAAAUUUGAAUUAAUUUCGAUACA